AUGUCGCGCUGCUUUCUUCCAGAAGCUCACGUCCCCGAUCGUGGACAAAAAUUUAGGGGCGAUGUGGAGCAAGCUCUCGGGCCAUUACGAGAAGCUGUUUCGCGUUUAAAUUUCGACUCUGUCGGGGAUCUAGUUGAGGAUGACGGGCGUAGGCUAGCCAUAUCGAUGAAUGUUGCUCAAUUUACUCCAGAAGAGUUAUCGGUGGAUGUAGAUGGACGUGUGCUCACCAUUGAAGGCAAGCAAGAGAAUGAGGAAAGCAAUGGAUCUUUCAUGAGAAGCUUUGUCCGGCAAUGGACCCUUCCUGAUGACGUCAAUGCAGAUCAGCUGAAAUGUACCAUUACUGAAGAUGGCUAUCUUGCUGUAGAAACUCCGAAAAUUGAAGUGCCGCCUAUUUCGGAAAGCGCAUAG